UACUUUCUUUCUGGGUGUAUGGUGCUGGGUUUACUUUCUUCUUCUUUUGUUUGUUAGAAAGUUUUCUCUUUGCGUGUGGUGUUUGAGGUUGCUUUGAGGGUAUCACAGUGCUUGUUUUGAUGAUCCUACCCAAAAACAUAUGAUUUGGCAUGCUUUUUCCUUUUCUUUUUUUUAUUGAUUUUCUCUUUUUUGGUGGUGAGUCGUGAAAUUUUAACCCAAGUAAUACAAAAGUUUGCAAUUUGAUAUGUUAGCUCGUAUGCGUUUACUAAGCUGCUUUAAGGGUUUUAAUUGGCUCACGAAUUUUUAGAAUAUUUUGUUGUCGAACUAUGUUGGAUUAGUAAGUGGGUGCUGAGAUUACUCGAUAUAGUUUGUUGUAUGAGCUGCUGUGUUGGUCUGAUUGAUUAAAUAUAUAUAGACCUUUGGUCCUAAACUCCGCUAUAAAAUAGUCCAAGUUUGCUUUACUGUCUUCUGUUGACUUUCCUUUUCUGUAGUUCAUUUUUCUUUUGAUAAUCUCGUGUGUCCAGAAAUGAUGCUGUUUGACCAGAGAUUACCAGGCAUUGGAAAACUCCCAAAUCCUGAUUGUGUAUUUUUUGCAAUGCCCUGCUGAUAAGUGGAAUCUGUAAAGAUUCUGACCAUAUUAUUACAACACCAAGUGGAAGGAGUUUAAUAUCUGUGUCUGAGGUCAUUUUUUACCAUUAUGGAUCUGAAGGGCAUAUCAUGGGUUGGUAAUAUUUACCAGAAGUUUGAAGCUAUGUGCUUGGAGGUUGAAGAAGUUAUGUAUCAGGACACAGUUAAAUAUGUUGAGAAUCAGGUACAGACAGUUGGGUCCAGUGUUAAAAGGUUCUAUUCAGAUGUCAUGCAAGAUUUGCUUCCCCCAUCUUCUGUGGAUGCAGCUAAAGGUGCAGGCGUUGAUGUGCCGCUGGAGCUUUAUGCUGAUCUUGGAAUCUAUAUGAAGCCAAAGGUAGGUGUGAAGGAAAAGCAAGGAAAGGUUGAUGAUAGAGAGAGGUUGACUGAGGAUCCCAAAAUAACUACUGAUAAAAAAUCAAUGGAUCCACUCACUUUCCACCGACUUGGUCUUGUGGAAAAUAGGUUUCCACUAUCACAAGGGAAUUCUGCUGGAGGGGCCUCAAGACAACAUGGGAAAAGAAGUCUGUCCAAUAAAUCAAAUCCAUAUACAAGGAAAAACUCUAACAGGGAGAAUAUGUCUGUUGAUAAGAAAUUAGAGGCUAUCAGUUGUUUGGAUAAAGGUUUAAUUAGAGCUUCAUUCAGUGAACGUUCAAAUGAAAAUCUAGGGGAUUCUGGUGGAGGAGCCCCAAAACAAUAUGGUGAUAGUUGUCUGCCUAAAGACACAAGUCUGGGAACCAAUGGAAAUUCAGAAAGACAAAAUAUAUUCCUACAUGAGAAAGCAAGGGUCGUCAUUCCUUUGUAUAAUGAUUUGACCAGAGCAUCCUCAAUCUGUGAACUUUCAAAUGAAAAUCACAAGGAUUGUGUUGAUCAGCAGGCUAAAAUUACAACUCCAGGGUCUGUUGAAAUGACAGGGCAUGACUCUGUGGAUGAAAGUAAAUAUGAGAUUGAAAAUGCAAGUGAACAAAUUCCUGAUAUUCCUGAUAUGGUUAAUUCAACUGAAUCUGGUGCGAGUAAAGGAAUGGAUAUGACAUGUUCCUCACAUGGCAGCUUAUCAGCAGAAGCACAUGCUGCAGAUGAUUGUAUGAGCCAUGGGGCUGAUUUUCCUGCAGAUUCCUUUGUAAAUGGAAAUGGGAAAGGACAAAGUAGUGACAGUGAUGAGGAUUUUGUGUCUAAUUCAGGGUCAGAUGACUGUAACACAGAUGUGUACAAGAUUGAUUUUUCUAUCAGCCAUGAAAUGGAAAUCAUUCAACAAGUUGACAAGGCAAAGCUUGAGGAAUCCUGCAUUUUAGUCAAUAGAGAUGAAUGCCAUUAUCUUCCUCAAAGUGAAAGAAAAAGCAAAUCUUACAAGAAGAAGAUUCGGGAUGUUUUCUCUCCAAGAAAGAGGUCAAUGAGGAAGCACGAACAACUUUCAAUAUGCCCCGGCAGUGAUUCAAAUCCCAAUCAAGAAGAGUGUGCCAAGAAUUCAAUGCCAAGACAUACCAUAAAAGAUGCUGAUAGAUACUCAACUCCAGAUUGCUGUGAUUCUGAGUGGGAGUUUCUUUAGACAUCUGUAAAACAAAUUUGUGUAUAUAGAUAACUAUUCAACUGUUUUUGCAGCCUUCCCUUGCAGAUCAGGGGGAUUAAAAUCCUUUUCCCGGAUGUUAAUAAUGGCUGCUCCAACCCGUUUCUUUGGCUGUGAAGUUGGCAAAAAUGGCAAAGGAAAAAUGGAUGUAUAAUCUCCUAUAUUGGUGAAAGUUAAAAAUUUGUAAUUCACUUUGGCUUAUUUUCCCUGUGGUAUGCCUGAUGGGAAAACAAGUUUUUAUUCGCUCAGACAUAUGAUGCAGCUCUACUACUUAUAUGUUA